GCGUCCGUGCCAGCGAGCGACCCCUUCUUCGCCCCUCUUGCCCGCCGGUGGCAACGACCGAAGCGGCCGACGGGGACGAAGGAAGACGCUCACCGGCGGGUUUUGCUCCGAUCCCGCGGCGAGCGCGCGGUUCCGGGGACCUAUGGGAACGCCGGAGUUCCCUGACCUGGGGCGGCACUGCAGCGUCGGCGACUGCCACCAGAUCGAUUUCCUCCCCUUCACCUGCGACCGGUGCGAAUACGUCUUUUGCCUUCAGCACCGAAGUUAUACCUCACAUAAAUGUCCAGUCGCAAAUAAUAAGGAUGUCACUGUCGUCAUCUGCCCACUAUGUGCUAAAGGAGUUCGCCUGAAUCCAAAUGAAGAUGCCAACAUCACCUGGGAGGCUCAUGUCAAUACCGAUUGUGAUCCAUCGAAUUACCAGAGAGCAACAAAGAAAAAGAAAUGCCCAGUUCCUCGGUGCAAAGAAACACUGACAUUUUCAAACACGAUCAGGUGCAAAGAUUGCAGCAAAGAGCACUGCCUCAAGCACAGAUUUGGUCCUGAUCACAUGUGUCCGGGGCCAAGAAAACUCGAGCCUACCUUCCCCUUUGCCAACAUGCUAAGGAGAAGUCAGAAAGUCGAGCCACGCGCCAACAGCAGUAGCAGUAGUUCUUCCUGGUGGGGCUCCAGCCUGUUGAAUGCAGCAUCAAGUUUCAGAUCAUCAGCAGAAGCAGGAAUGCAAAAACUGAGCAUUGCCACCAGCGAAGUUGUCCAGAAGGCUAAGGAUGGGAUCACCCCGAGCAGCAGUAGCGGUGACCUCGUGGAGCAAUGUGUUCAGUGCCCGGCAAGAUUUUCCAACGUGGGGGCCCUAAUCGAGCAUGUUGAGAAAUCCCAUGGGAACAGCUUGCAACUGAGCCGUGGCAGAGUGACAAUUGAUGCGUGUCCCAAAUGUAGCAAGGGAUUUCAGGAUCCGGUGUUGCUCGUGGAGCAUGUUGAGAGGGAACAUGGAGGAACAUCAAAAGCAUAAGCAUGCUUGUAGUCAUUUUUCAUUAUGUUUAUUCCUGAUUUGAUGUAUAAUUUACUCCUCAUUUAAUCGAUUUGACUGUACUUGGAUGAGCUCUGGGCUCGAAGUGUGCACAUGAAAGGCAAGUAUAAUCUGAAA